AUGUCAGAAGACCCGCAAAAUUCAUUCGAGAAGCAUGACUCUAUCACAAUCACCCUGGGGCAAGCCCUGUCCUUAGCCGGGACACUACUAGCGCUGAAGAUACUGCAUGCCGUGGCGCUGGUCUUUUGCACUGGGCCCGAAAAUGCAGUCCAGAGAGCCAUCCAACGCACAGAGCAGCGCGCCAUCACCAUCCUCGUAUCAGUCGUGCCGGAUGCUCUGUAUCAGGCCGCUCUCAAAGGGAGGGCAGCCUCCACCGAGGCCCUGUUCACACUCACGGAUUCAAACUGCCAAUCUCUGGGACGAACAAAUACCGGAGAGACUCAGACAACCGAAAAGGCAUCAUCACACGCAAACAGUCCGCUGCUGCAAGUCUCCUCCAGUAUCUCGCCGGCGAUCCGAAUGUUUCAAUGUCUUUCCGACCGUGGGAUGGAUCUUUUCAGCACGAAUUCGGGAAGUGGCGUCGAUUCGCUGAUCCCUGCAGCCGGCAGUGAAUCGGUCUACUCUGCGAGAACGAUGAGAAGAAGCACUUCGGCGAGCAAAGUAUAUUCGCGCUCAUCGAGUAUUAAGCAGGCUAUGAUGGUCUCAGCGGCGCAGUAUGCUAAGAUCGCAUCUGAGAGACCACGCUUUAGCACGGCCAGUCGACCAGCAUCGAUGGAAUCCAUGGAUCAGCGCCAUCUUUCUCCAAUGCUGGAGAGCUCACAGCUGGGCCACUCUUUGCUUGAAAUGGAGACAUUGGAAGCAACACGCUCGGUGGAGAGCUUCCCAGGAAAGUUUCCUAUGAGUGAUGGACCAGCACCGCAUCAUAUGGGAGGCCGGGGGACAACUUCCGUGAGGCCAUUCUCCGACUGUAAUUGA